CCAUGAGUACAGGCUAUCUAGCUGGCUGGGGCAGCAGGAAGAUAUUCACCGUAUUGUGCUCUACCAGUCUGACAGCACCCUUACUCCUUGGACACAGCGCUGUAUCCGACAGGCGGACUGCAUCUUAAUAGUAGGGUUGGGAGAACAGGAGCCCACUGUUGGAGAGCUAGAAAGGAUGCUGGAGAACACAGCAGUCCGAGCCCAGAAACAGCUGAUCCUGCUCCAUAAAGAGGAUGGGCCUCUCCCUUGCCGAACUGUGGAGUGGCUCAACAUGAGGAGCUGGUGCUCAGCUCAUCUUCACCUCCGCUGUCCCCGUCGAGUCUUCUCCCGGAGGAGCCUGCCCAAGCUGAUAGAAAUGUAUGAACGAGUAUUUCAGAAACCACCAGACCGUCACUCUGACUUCUCUCGACUAGCCCGUGUUUUGACUGGAAAUGCUGUGGCCCUAGUGCUCGGAGGUGGUGGAGCCAGGGGGUGCUCCCAGGUGGGAAUUAUCAGGGCACUGAUCGAAGCAGGCAUUCCAGUUGAUAUGAUUGGAGGAACUUCCAUUGGCUCAUUCAUGAGUGCACUGUAUGCUGAAGAGCGUAGCUAUAAUCAAAUGAGGAUCAAAGCCAGGCAAUGGGCAAUGGAUAUGAAUUCAGUGUUUAAGACUGUGCUAGACUUGACAUAUCCAAUAACCUCCAUGUUCUCUGGAGCCUCAUUUAACAGUGGCAUCAGCAACAUCUUCAAAGACAAACAGAUUGAGGAUCUGUGGAUUCCUUAUUUCACUAUCACGACUGACAUUACUGCGUCAGCCAUGAGGGUCCACACAGAUGGUUCCCUUUGGAGGUAUGUCCGUGCCAGCAUGUCACUGUCUGGGUACAUGCCCCCUCUCUGUGAUCCAAAGGAUGGACAUCUCUUGAUGGAUGGAGGUUAUAUCAACAAUCUUCCAGCGGAUGUUGCAAGGUCCAUGGGGGCAAAAGUGGUGAUAGCAAUUGAUGUGGGCAGCCGGGAUGAGACGGACCUCACCAACUACGGCGACGCUCUGUCUGGCUGGUGGUUGCUGUGGAAGAGAUGGAAUCCCCUCGUUGAAAAAGUGAAGGUGCUGAACAUGGCAGAGAUCCAGACCCGGCUUGCGUAUGUGUGCUGCGUGCGGCAGCUGGAGAUGGUCAAGAACAGUGAAUAUUGUGAAUACAUUCGACCGCCCAUCGACAGAUAUGGCACCCUGGACUUUGGGAAGUUUGAUGAAAUCUGUGAAGUGGGAUAUCAGCAUGGGAAGACAGUAUUUAAUGUCUGGGGCAGGAGCGGAGUCCUUGACAAGAUGUUAAAAGACAGGCAGGAGAUCUGCAAAUCCAAAACAUCUGGUAUUGUGACCUGUCCUAGUACCUCUUUCACUGACUUGGCAGAAAUCGUGUCCAGAAUUGAGCCGGUCAAAGCAGCUCUGGUAGAUGAUGAAUCUGACUAUCAGACUGAGUAUGAAGAAGAAAUUCUAGACAAUCAGAAGGACGAUUAUGCUAAUUUCCUAAGCAGCCAGGUGGAAGAGGAUUCUGACUCCGAUGAAGAUGUACAGAUAAGAAAACGCAUCACCAUCCCCAAACAGGAGAGCCGAUCCAGCAGUACAGGGGAGCCCAGCUAAUCCCUAGGGGAGCCAUCAGGACUUGUCUUUCAUUUGAUCACAUAACUGUAGUUUCACUGACAAGAGCCCUUUUUAUAAAGAGAUUGCCUGGUUGAGAUGUUGCAGUUACUCAAACUUCUCAGAUCAGGAUGGAGGGGCUAUUUAACUGUCCUUAAUGAAGCACAAGACUUGCCAGUGCACUACCCACAUCUCCAUGCCCAGUGAGAUCUCAUGCCAUGGAAAUUUGCAAUGACUUUGCUCCUUUUUCCAGGUGCCAUUGUGGGUUGUGAGUCACUGAUCUCUCUGGGGUUUGUACGAUGAAGGGGUGUGCUGGGAGUUGUCUGUGGUUAGAAGUAUGUUCAGAUGCUGCUUUGGCUGUCUGCCACCAUGGGUUCUGUUUGCUGUUCUGGCCCAGAAGGCUCAAAAAAAUGAACAUUGCUGGAAAGUAUGUGCACUGCCACUGCUGCGAAGGGUAAAUACAUGAGCAUUAGAGUGCAGGGGUGUUUGUCACAGGAGCCAGGCAGCCAUGUUGUUAACUCAGCUCUGUAUUUAUUUUGCAACUGUGUAAGUGGGAGUAUUGCUGUGAUAGUAGGAUAAAGGGUCUCUGUCUGCAUUUCGCUUGAAGACUUAAUGGGAAAUCUAAAUGCUACAAGUUAAUUACUCUGAAUGUUACUCAUUUGCUUCAGAUGCUGUAUAAUCAAACCAUCUGCAGGAGCAUGUAAUGAUGGUGCAUUUAGUUGCUAUUUGCCAGGCAGUUACAGAGUAGCUACAUAGCUACAUAGCUGUAGCGACCUUGUGAAACAAAGUGGUAACUGCUGAAAUGAAAUGCCUGUACGUGGUUGUCAGUGGGUUACAAGAUUUUGUCAUUGAUCAGUAACUGCUUUGUGGGGUGUGAUAAAAUACCAGGCAGGUUAUGUUGAGUCCAUAAGAGUUCAUGUUUUAAAGGCCUCAGUGCCGGCAUGCAAAACUUGCCCAACUUUUCAGGAGCUCCACAAAGGCUGCAGCCAUCUAAAAUGGAGCAGUCCAGAUUCCAUUCCCAGCAUGGUACGCUCUGUCACGACCCCAGUGGAAGGUGUUUGAAUGCCAAAGAUUUUUGGGAAUGCACCAGUAGCCCAAAGAUCUUAAGUCACUUCUGCUGAGAUCAGAACCUUCCAAGGUGACACUUGUACUUUUGAAGACACCCUCAGUUUAUAACCACAUCUGGAGUCCUUAUUAUAUAUGUAUUUUAAAAUAAAAUUGCAGCAGAGAAAUCGAUGCUUGCUGUUGUCACUUACCAGAAGGCUACAGGAGCUGUGGAUGGCUGCACCAAUUCAGUACACGUGGUCAUUCACCCAUGCAGGGCCCUGCAACAUCUAGAAAGUUGGGGCAGCAUCCAGGAUUGUUACGGAUCCGGAGGGCAAGUUGCCUUUGAGCUUUGUACUGUCUCUCAAGGAGUUGCAUACCUUCUAAUGCGAGGUAUUAGCCCUCAACGGGUAGUGAUCAAUGGCUUGAUGUCUAGUUGGCAGCCGGUAUCAAGCGGA